AUGAGUCAGGCCGACAGGCAAGCUGUGGAAAAGCCACUGUUUAUGGUGGUAGAUGGUGCCAUUGGAGUGAAACGCGACACAGAUCGAAAGUUUGGACGUCAUGAGAAGAAGUUCGCGCUGCUUCCAUAUUACGAAGAACUCAGCUGUGAAGUGGAUGCUCGCUUUGAACACAUUAAACAUGGCCUCGUUACUGCUGUGCUUGUGAACGAACAACGACCGGCUCUACGUAACUAUAUCUACGCUUUGAAGAUGUUUUUGAAUAUAUAUGGCUUUCGAUUCCAAAGAGAGGACCACAUUAACUUGAUUCGCCUGCUCUAUCUGAUACUCGUGAAGAAAGAUCAGUGGCCAGAAAUAAUCCAUUAUGCUGCAAAAGCACUAGAAACUCUCGUCAUCAAAUCCUAUCUCUCCUAUAAGGAAUUGUCGCUGGAUUGGGAACCUUUAUUCAACCUUUAUUACGGUGCAAACUAUGGAAAACUAGAAGAAGUGGAUGGAAAAGAGCUGCGCAAUCCAGUUUUUCGGUUGAAACGUUUCUAUAAACCAACAGAUACUCCGGAAAUUUGGGAUAGAAUCCAAGUUUACCUUUCACCGCGCUACUCCACGAAGGAAUUUUGUGACCUUGCAUUAUUGUUUCUUUCAGUGAAGAUGACUACUGACGAGCACAAGAGUUACGGUGCCGGUUUGUGGUUUGACACGAUGUGGAAGAUGUACGAAGUUGUAGAGAUGGGGAAUAAAUGGGGAUCAGAGCUGCCGAACCUCUUUGCAACACUUGCUUACAAUAAUCCUGAUUUUAUGGAUUGGACACCACUCUAUGACACAAUAUUUACACGUACUAUUCGAGCAAUGGGUUUGAGUAUUCGCGAAGGGAAGGUGGCAGUAGGUGACGGUACUGGUGCGACAAGUUUAAGUGCAUUGGCACGAAUGGUUGUGGCAACACUCGGUGGACCAUAUAGCUGUCAGCAACACCUAGGACGAAUGAUGGAGGUUGUCGAGCCAUUCAUGCAUCCAUCAAAUGAAAGUGGUCAUACGUUACUUGUGCUCGUCUUCCUUCAUAACAUCCUUCAAGAACUUGUGAAUCGUUACAUCGAAGAACGAGUUAAAAAACACAAAAGAGAAGUACCAACAAAAUUCUACCUUACUGACGACGAUAUUGCAAAUUUCACCGAUGCCGUUCUCCAGUCACUCUUGUAUGCGUUGUACGCGAAGCAAGGUAGCACAUCAAAAACUCCGGCUAAAUUAGUAAUGGUUCUCGCUGCGUUGUGUCCAGGCAGGGUUUUGCCUAGGUUUUUCGAGCAUACUUAUCCGGCCAUGUUUGCUGUCGACGAACCACAUCGACUGACGCAGACUCUGGAUUGCCUAUUCGAAUCAGUGUUUCUUAUUGCUCGUGAUAAUGACCCUUCGCUGAAACGACUUAAAAUGGAAAAGGAUUGGAUCGAAAAAAUGGAAAAAAUUCGCUCGCCGUUGUCUCCGAUAGCAGAAUAUUCUCUCAACAAGCUCAGUCGUUCACUAGGGUUCAACAUCAGAAAUCGUCUCAGCACUUUUCGAUGCCACUUGUUCUAUUUUCUGGAGAUGCUCAUCGAAGGGAUCGACAUCAAUGAUGUUUCGAAGGCAAAUAUUACCAUUCACAAUCUCACGCUGAUUUUCUGCAUCACUCCAAUUCUUGAUUACUCUGACUGUGUGAAAUAUCACACAGAUCUAACGGAUGAAGAGAAAGCACUUUGCAAGAUGUCGGCAAGGUUACCGGUACUUGCCGAGAUGGCUCUGAACAAAAUGCUCGAAAUUAUUCAGUGUCUUUCCAUAACAGCUCCAAAAGAUUCGUCAACGGUCAUCGGAGGAUUCAAGGACGUUGCCACCAAAGAUGGAAGUGAAGAGAAAGUUCUUAAAAAAGCUGUCGAUCGUUGCGUGACGGCUAUGUGCAAGAAUGCAAAUUCUUCCAAACUCGGCCGUAAAAUGUUACAGUUCGUGAAGACGAAUCAAUUCGAAAGCUCUCUGGCCACGGAUAUGAUUUCGUCGAUGAUGGCUUCGAUGACAUAUGAGCUGCCCUCGUUCUGGAUACUCUUUGCAAAACACGUGCUGCACAAUUUAAGAAUAGUUCUAACGCCGGAAGUCAAGGAAGCCGAGGACCUGGACGCUACUGCUUCGUGGUUUGUUUCCUUGGCCUCGUCGCUGCUGGCAACAACUAGUGAAAACUACAUCAACCACAAGGAUAUCUGCUUUGAGAUGAUUGACUUCCUAGUGACUUGUAAAAGUAAAGUAGCGUACGCUAGCGGUUCUGUUGGACUGUGGAACAGUAUGUACAUGUUGUCUCGAGUAUAUCCUGAAAAUUCUCGAUAUAUGAGCGAAAAGCUGGAUAGGUCGCUGAAGGAGUGGGUACCAAUACGAGAGUGGGGACGUUUAUAUGAAAUAAAAGACAUGAAAAUGGCAUGGCAUAUUCCGAAUAACAGAGGAAAAGCUGUUAUCGAAGAGAUGCUGAAGAAAUUCCUCUUUCCGGUUAUGGACCUUGUGAAUUCGGUGGAAGUGGACAGGGAAACUCUGAAGAAAUCGUUCACCAUAAUCAAUUCGAUUUUCACCGGUGGUGCUACAUGCUUCUCACUACCUUCCUCUCCACUAUUUCAGUCUUCAAGUACAGCUUUACCGUGGUUCAAUGCCAAUAUUCCUAAUGCGGCCAGCGAACUCUCAACCGCAACGGAGAUUAAGGAUGAGAUUUUUACAUAUCUAACGGAUCCAGUCAAAAAAGGCUAUCCGAGUUAUGUCUACGAAUCGUUGGUGUAUGUGUGCCACAUGAAGAACGCAACUGCUACAUCGACGCCGUUCACUGAGUUUCAUUUGCGUGUUGUUCGUCUUCUCACACGUUUGUCCCUAAACGUAUAUGCUGAGGGUGCUCUGAAUGUGAUUCUAAAAUCUAAAUGGGCAACUAACACUAGGAAAUCGGCCAAGAUGAAAGUGUGGCAAGCACUUCUUGACAUGAACGCCAUCGAAAUGCCUACAAUUCUGAACGUAUUCGAAGAGAUCUGCAGUGAUAUCGGAAAUAUGCAAAAGCCUUCACUUAAGCAUUACAAAUGCGAAAAGCUGUUGUCAUUCUGUGAGAAAAUGUUCGAGAAACUUCCGAAAACUGGUGAAUGGCAGAAAUUCAACUGUAAGAACUCACUGGAUCUCACAAGGCAAAUACAGGAAGAGAAGAGAAACAAAAGCAAAGCGGAGCAGAAGGCUUUGGUAGAAAUGUUGCUUCAACGUUUCGCUAACAAGGAUAUGCUGCAUACUCGCGUUAAGUUGUGCCGGACAAUGCUUUGGCGGUGUCAGAUGGAGAAGUCUCGUCUAGAGACUAUUAAGAUUAUCUUGUCGAAAUUCACUGACGAAGAGCAGUAUCAUCGUGAACGAAGUGCAGAUGAGUUGUCGUUUUGGCUCAAGAAAAACAAAGCGCUUACAAUUCGAAUGGAUUGGGUUUGUCCGAAGAAGUAUACGCUUCGUAAUUUUGCCCAUAGCACAAUCAUCUUUGAUCGAUUUACGAAAACCCUGCAGGAGCUCUUGAAGUCUCGUCAGCGAGCCGAGCAACGACUUGCUGCAGAGUUUUUUGCUGGUGUGGCAAUGGGAACGAAGUAUCAUGGAUUCAGUGUGCUUAACAAGCUCUGGUCGUGGUUAGCACCGGCCGUAGAUCUUCUCUACGACUACCUAAACGAAGACGCAUAUUUUUCUUGGCAUUUUUGUAUUACCAAUGUGCUGCACCGAGACGAUACCAGACGAUACUGGUGGUUGAUUGAGGAACUUCUUAAAGGCAUGGCUCGUACGGCACCGACAGCGUGGCAUCAUGCAGUGGCGCUGAAAAACGUGUGUGUUGUGCUAGAUGCGAACAUGAACAACGACUUCCGUGGUCUUCCAAACAGAUUCCACUUGGAAUCCGUUGAUUUCUGGUUGCAACGAUUCAAAGGAAACCUUGACGAGACACCAAAUAUUAAAUCCAGGCUGGCAUCAGAAACGGUCAUUCAAUUUGACGGUGGUGUCAAGGCUAAUGAACUGGCUGCCAAAUUUAUGGCAGUGCAUUCAUCUAGCUCGAUGGUUGACCUGUCACAAAUCUACCUGCGAACCCUAUUGGAGUUCCUCUUGCAGUAUUACACUGACUGUAUAACUUGUCUCACACCUGGUAUCGUAUCACUAUUUCCUGUACUUCUGGAGUAUGCUAAUGAAGGUGAUAAUGACAUAUAUGGUUCGUUCAAAGACAUGGAUAUAAGCCACAGCGCCAGUUUACUUAUUCAUGACGAGAUGUCCACUUUACAACUUACUCCAAAAUUUGCUGAUUCAUUUCUAAACGUUGUUUUACAGUCAUUCUACACUUCUUAUUUAUGGCGGGUUAAAGUAUCAGUACUGAAGUUUAUUAAAGUCUUGGUGUUUUCUAAUAUUUAUGAAUUGGAAAAAGCUACCCGACCUGAGAAGGUCCUCAGACUACUUUAUGACGCCAUUGUUGACCCUCAGACGGAAGUGCGGAGAGAAGCAUCCAGAGCUAUGCUUACGCUUAUUCUCUGUGGAUACAUCAAAGUCAACGACGAUCUCUCGAAGUACUUCAACAAUUUGAUGAAGAACAAGAACUUAUCCACCCUACAUGGAGCAAUACUCGGAAUGGGUGCCGUCGUUCGGGCUCAUCCAUUCUCUACUCCGUUGGCAAUCAAACCAAUGUUGGCAGCGCUGUGUGAAGUAACCAGCCAUAAUGCUGAGCUUCAGAAGGCUGCUACAACAGCAUUACGUGAAUUUCGUCGCACCCAUCGUGACAACUGGGAGAAAGUGGCAAAGAUUCUCGGACCCGAUCUUGUCUAUAAAAUAGAGAACGCUAUAGCACCAGUCUACUAUGCUUAG